GCUGCCUGGAGGAGGAGAAGGAGAGGGAAAGAGAGAGAUAAGGGCCACCUAGAGGAGAAGGAAAGAGUGGAAGAAGGCUGCCUGGAAGAGGCGGAGGGGAGAUGCCUGAAGGAGAAAUUGGGGCAGUGGGAGGGGGGAAUGCUGUCUGAAGGAAAUGGGGAGUAAAGGAGGAAGAGGGCUUUCUGGAGGUAGGGAGAUGAAAGGAGGAAGUACCUGUGUAUUGGGUAGAAGAGAGAAGGAAAAGUAGGGAUGCUUUCUGAAUGUGGGGCAGAGAGAAAGAGAGCUAGAAGGGAGCAAGAGAGGAGGAAGCUGAAUGGAGGGAACAAAAAAGAGGAGCUGUCUGACUAAGGGGAAGAGAGAGACUAAUUGGGGGGGGAAUCCCAAUGGGAGGUGGGGAAGGAGAGGGUAACCAAAAAGGGGUGAAAGGAAGAAUAGGGAUGUUCUCUGAGGGAGGAGAGACUCUGAAAGAGGAGUGGAGAGGAGGAAAGAAGGGGGCUCCUCAAGGUCAAGUAAGGGGAGAAGAAAAGAGAGGGGAAAGCUUUUAGAGGGUAUGGGGAAGGAGAAGGUCUCCUUAAUGUGGGGGAGGGAAUUGAAAAAAAGAGAGGAAAAAAGGAGGUUCCUCUGGGUAUGAGAAUAAGAGAAGAAAAGACCAUUUAGUGGAUGCCUUGCCAUGAGGAUUGUGUGGGUGUUAGCUUGGUUUUGAGGGAAGUGGAGAGAGAAAGAGUAUCAGAACUACUAUAGUCUCUUUUCCUUGAGUAUCCUAUACUGCUGUAUUCUAUACCUCUUGAGUGAAAAGUGGUUCAGGGCUUGUAUCCUGUAAGAUUAUCUCUAGCUGGGAUUUUAUCCCUGGUUUUCCCUAGUGUGCAAGGGACAAGAAAAGGUAACAUCAGUCUGUGGAGGUCCAGGUGUAGUCAGAUCCUAGGACUUCUCAUUGACUUCUGUUGACUUUUCGUAGGUGCUCUUUGGUGUGAGGAGACCCAGAUCUGUUUUCCUAAAGGGACCAGAAACCAUGUCAUGGAUCAGGGAAGGAGAGCUUACACUCUUAGAGCGGUUCUGUGCCAACAUCAUUAAGGCAGGCCCGAUGCCCAAACACAUUGCAUUCAUCAUGGAUGGGAACCGACGCUACGCCCAGAAGUGCCAGGUGGAACGACAGGAGGGCCAUUCGCAGGGCUUCGAUAAAUUGGCUGAGACCCUGCGCUGGUGUUUGAACCUGGGCAUCCGAGAGGUGACUGUCUAUGCCUUCAGCAUUGAGAACUUCAAACGCUCAAAGAAUGAGGUGGAUGGGCUAAUGGAGCUGGCCAGGCAGAAAUUUACUCGCUUGAUGGAAGAACAGGAGAAGCUGGAGAAGCAUGGAGUGUGUAUCCGAGUCCUGGGUGAUCUUCAGCUAUUGCCACUUGACCUCCAGGAGCUGAUUGCAAAAGCUGUGCAGGCUACCCGAAACUACAGCAAGUGCUUCCUGAAUGUCUGCUUUGCCUAUACAUCAAGACAUGAAAUUAGCAAUGCUGUGAAAGAAAUGGCAUGGGGAGUGGAGCAAGGUUUACUGGAUUCCAGUGAUGUGUCAGAGUCUCUGCUUGAUAAGUGUCUUUACACCAACAACUCCCCCAAUCCAGAUAUUUUGAUACGGACUUCUGGGGAAGUGAGGCUGAGUGACUUCUUGCUCUGGCAGACUUCUCACUCUUGCCUGGUGUUCCAACCCAUUCUCUGGCCAGAAUAUUCCUUCUGGAACCUCUGUGAAGCCAUCUUGCAGUUCCAGGUGAACCACAGCAUGUUACAGCAGAAGGCCAGAGACUCGUAUGUGGAGGAACGGAAGAGGCAGCAGCUGGAGAGUGACCAGGCCGCGGUGACAGAGCAGCUGCUCCGAGAGGGCUGUGGGUCUAGCAGGGACAGCCAGCUUCGGCGCAUUCUCUUGCACAAACGCUCAUCAGGACGAGAGGAACGGGUCCAGGGCUUCUUGCAGGCCCUGGAACGCAAGCGUGAAGAGUGGCUGGCACGCCUGGGCACGGCGUCAUCAUGAGAGGGCAGGUGGCCCAUUGGUAUUCCUGCUCACUGGCCAAGGGCCCUGCUCCACCAUUCCGGAGGAGAGUCAACUUGGGUUUUAAUACGAUUUGCUGUAACCCUAGGAACAGGUGGGAUGGGGAUUGGGCCUUUCUGCUGAGCUAGAUUCUUUAUCAACCUUUGUCCGACCCCCACAGAGGGGUUGGUUAGGGAUAACAGGUUGUGGGUUGGUGUCUUUGUGGCACCUGGUAGCUCUUACCACAAGCUGCACAGGCAGCUUGGUAAGCAGCAGAUCCUGACCUGUUCCUUCAGAGCUGUCACUUCCUGAGCUUCUGGUGACCAGGUUUCCUUAUCUUCCAACAAACACAGUCUCACCCUCAAGAUGGGACUUUUUAAAUCUAAGAUUGUUUGGGUAUAGAGUGCUUCCCACUCCAGAAAGCACUACUAACUACCAUCUUGGCCAGCCUCCCACUCCUCUACCUCCCUGCCUCUGUUUUUCUCACAACAGGUUUUAUUUCCCUUUGGAUUUGAUAGCAGAAAGCUGUUUGGGGGUGGGGGCAAGAGAGGAUGGAAAGCUGACCAUCUGCUUCCCCCGUGAGCAUUUCCACCUGGGAUCUGCUGUUGUAUCUUCCCCCACCCAUGGCUUGUCAGGUAGCCCUGAUUGCUCUGCUAAAAACCUGGGCUCCCCCAACAGUGGAGCCAGGCCUGUGAAGACAAUCCAAUUACCUAUUGUUGACUCAGCCCACACAUGCUUUUCUCAGGCAGGGUCAUGGGGCCAGGCUCUCCUCCUUGCCAGAGCUGGGCCUCUUAACUUGGCUAACUAGGAAGGACCAGUAUGUCCAUUUGGCUGGGACUCUUUCGGACACAUCAAGGCCAGAAGGCAAGAUGAAUCCCCUAACGGCUCCGAUGCCCACCUCCUGCAGCCCUAGCUAUGACAGUCUUGGCCCCACUGAGAAGCAAAGCUGGUGUCUGAGCCAUCUUGGAAAAGGCCCAUGUGGUAGCAGUUCCUCCACUUUUGGCCUUAGUAGGGUGGACCUCACAGUAUGAAGGAGAGGGAAGGUUAAAGGCAGUGUCCUUCCUUUCCCUCUCCUUGUCCUAACCAAGACGCAAAGCUGCUCAGAGGAUUACCAGCUUGGCCCCUUUACGGCUUUGAAAGAGCUGUCUUGCUUGAGCUCCUCUCCUUCAGGUGCUUGGGAUAGCAGCAAAAGCUGUAAGGCUGUAAUCCCAUCCUGAUGCCAGCCACUCCUGUCCCUUCUGAGAUCUCCAGACAUUUUCCCACAAGUCUGUCAAAGGUUGUCUUUUUUCCAGUAAUUUGGCCCCCAGGUAUCUUUAUUGUAAUCUCCACUUUUGGAACCAGGCAUGUCACCCCAGAAAUAUUAAGGCUAUUAGGCAAUACCUUCCCUUUGGAAUAAUCUCAUCCCUCUCCCUGGUGCUGGCACAGGGUUCCCAGAGAGCAGGUGCUAUGUAGUUCCUAGCUUUUAAAUGGGGCCGCUGACAGCUUUAAUUAGGAAGCCAUGAAUUAUAAUGCUAUAAUUUGAAGCCCUACAAUUAAGAGGGAACAAGGGGCUGGAGGCAAUGAACAGAAUUGGCCUCUAUUUGAGUUUGACUGAUGGAUGGUGUAGUCCUGUUUCUCUACCUGCCUAGAUUGGUCAAGAUUGACUUGGGUUACAAGGGAGGAUGGCCCAGGUGAUUAAUGGACUUGGUAUCCCUAAUUAGCCUGCAGUCUUGGGUUCUGGGAAAGGUGUGUGGGGUGGGGUAGGGAGGAGUUACACCCCAGGGCCCUGAGAUGUAGCAAUGGGCUUGGAGGAAGAGAGAGACCACAGUUCGUAGCUAUGCCACACAGGUGGUUUGAAUUUGUACCAUUGUGGCUAUACCUUAGUUGCAAGGACCUGCUGGUCUUCAUUCUCACCCCGUUACCAAGCAAUACCUCAGAAAUCGGGUAGUAUCUAAUUGGAAUAGCCCACCCCUGUUUAUUAAUCUGUAGCCCCCUGAGCUUCAAAUACAUUAAAAAGGAAUAUCUAUCACCUGUAGAAGUUGUUUGCUACUAGUGCAAUGGAGGACCUUGCUUAGAGGGACAAUAGCUACCUCUCCAGAUUCCCAGAGUCCCUUGUGUGGAGUGUUGGUGGGAGCGAGGGAAAACGCCCUUUUCUCAUUCCCCAUUAC